UCACAAAUCAUACAAGAAUGAGGCGUCUUGGAUUGCACAACUUGAAUCAACGAAGAACAAGGAGGAUAAUUACUUCUUCUUCUUCUUCAACACUUCUUCCUCAUCUUGCAUCAUCACUUCAAGAAACCAUUAUCUCAUCCCAAAGUCCAAAACCCAAAAGAGAUCUUCCAACCAGUUUUAGCUUCCUCCGAGAAUCAAAGUCAUCGAUGUCUUGCCCGAGGAAUCAACUUUCAGAUUCAAUGAACAGAAUUAAGCUACGUGAUGGGAGAUUCCUAGCUUAUAAAGAGAGAGGUGUUCCAAAGGAUGAAGCCAAAUACAAGAUCAUUCUUAUUCAUGGGUUUGGAAGCUCCAAAGAAAUGAACUUCUCUGCUUCAAAAGAGUUGAUAGAGAAGCUAGGCGUAUAUUUUCUGCUCUACGACCCUGCUGGAUAUGGAGAUUCAGAUCCAAACCCGAAACGAUCUUUGGAAAGCGAAGCACUGGACAUAGACGAACUUGCUCAUCAGUUGCAGAUAGGACCCAAGUUUUACUUAAUUGGAGUUUCCAUGGGAUCAUAUCCUACUUGGAGUUGCCUUAAACACAUACCUCACAGGUUAGCGGGAGUGGCGUUUGUAGCUCCGGUAGUGAAUUACCGAUGGCCGUCACUUUCUAAGAAGCUUAUAAAGAAAGAUUACAGGAGAGAACUUAUAAAAUGGUGUUUUCGGAUAUCAAAAUAUGCACCUGGGCUGUUACAUUGGUGGAUCAGUCAGAAACUCUUCCCAUCAACUAGUUCGGUCCUUGAAAGCAAUCAACUCUAUUUCAAUAGCAAUGACAUUGAGGUACUCAAGAGAAUUACAGGCUUUCCUAUGCUUACUAAGAAUAAACUACGGGAAAGGAAUGUGUUUGAUACUCUAAGAGAUGAUUUCUUGGCGGGGUUUGGGCAAUGGGACUUUGAUCCGGCUGAUGUAAGAAUUACUGAAGAGAGCUCAGUUCAUAUAUGGUACGGAAGGGAAGACAAAGUGGUUCCGUUUCAACUUCAUAGAUGCAUCUUGAAGAAAUUACCAUGGAUCAAAUAUCAUGAGAUACCACAAGGUGGACAUUUAAUCGUCCACUAUGAUGGUACUUGCGAUGCGGUUCUAAGAGCGCUAUUGGUCGGGGAAGAUCAAAAGGUGUAUCAACCCAAACACAAUUUUUAGAACUUAUCUCUUGUGUGUUUGAGUCUCUUACAGUUUUAAAUUGUUAGCUAGCAAUAUUUCAAAUAAGAACUAUCAUUUUUUUUUUGUUCAAACUUAGAUUAUAUUAAUUUAAACCGGGAUUACGAAAGCCACAAACAGAAUACUCUUUGCCAGGGAGUAGAAACCACUUGUUACAAAGUUGAAAGACAAUACAAUAAGGAGAUAGGUUAGACAGGUUAAAUCAUAGAUAAAAACCGGAAGCUUCUUCAAAAGGGCUUCUAAUUUGAUCGAUCUUCAGUUCUUCUGCCGUUAAAGGCGAAGGAACAACACUUAUAGCUCGUGAUACCAUCGGGCCUGAGCGUUUAAAGACGUUCUCUAUAACAAAGAAGGUUGCUGGAAAAGUACCUCUCAUAAAGAGGGAAAUUGGUGGAAAGGUUCUGUCUUCCGAGGAAGAUGAGGUGAAAAUAGAUCUCUCCUGGCCCAACAGGAGGAAAUUUGGUUAGAUUUACCCCACUUGGAUAAACCUAAAGGACCAAAAGUAGAUGAUUUGAGCAUCUUCAUCAAAACUCAAGGAUUUGUCAAAAAGAACUGGUUCUUCAAAGAUGUGACCGAAAAAGUAGACACUGGAUUUCGAGGUUCGCCGUACCGGACGGCUCGGAGCUGCU